AUGGCGACAUUAUGCAGCAUGUUAUGUUCUGUUUGUGAAAUCCAGCACAAGAACAAAGAAGCUGAAUAUUGGUGUUCUGAAUGUGAACAAGGCCUAUGUCCCGAGUGUCUGAACUGCCACAAUGCUUUGAAAUCGUCUAGAAAUCAUGAGGUAAUUACAGUUGAAAACUACAAGCAGCUUCCAUCUUCAAUAUCCAGUAUACAACAUCACUGUUCUGAUCACAAUAGAAAGUUCCAGAUGUACUGUCCUCAGCAUGAAAACCUAUGUUGUCCGUUAUGUAUCUCUUCUAAUCAUAGAAACUGCGUUGGUCUGUUAUCGAUAGAAGAGGUCAUAGCAACGUCGAAGACAUCGUCUUUAUUGGACAGUAUGGAACAGCGAAUUAAAGAUUUGUUAACUAAUGCAGAGGAAAUCAUCGAUGACCGUAAACAGAACCUCACUUCAAUACAGAACCAACACCAUAAGUUUCAGUCCGAGAUAACACAGAUGCGUGAUCAAAUAAAUAAACACCUUGACUUCCUAGAAAAACAGUCUACUGAGGAAUUGCUAGCUACCAAAAAGGAUGUAAGCAGUCGAAUAGAAACCGUCAUUACAAAUAUAACCCAGAAUUAUAAACAUGUGAGUAAGUUGAAAAAUGAAAUGUGUUCAAUUAGGAAAUAUGCAUCGAAUCUUCAGACAUUUUUAGGAGCUAAAGUCCUUGAGGUGGAAAUCCAAAAGAAAGAGGAAUAUCUCCAGUCUCUGUCUAUUGAUGGAAGUCUCGAGCAAGUUGUUAUUAAUCUUGAGGUAGAUGACGAACUAUCAAACAUUUUAUCUAUUCAAAAAUUUGGUUCAGUUUCGACAGAAAAAAAAUCGCCAUUAUUUGUACUUAAGAAUAAAACAGAGAGGCAGGCUCAAAUAUUAAGAACGCCAGUUGUUACACCAAGUUCUAUUCAUGAUAUAAACCCAACGCAACAACAAAUAAUAGCCGUUCCAGAGAAAAUAACUGGUUGCUCAAUGACCCCGUCAGGUAAGAAACUAUGGGACUUCAAAGAUGAAUCAGUGUUGAAAAGUUCCUGCGGUGUGACCGCUGAUAAACAUUCAAAUAUUUAUGUCGCAGAUUAUGAAAAUAGUAGUAUAGUCGUAAUUUCACCAGAUGGGAAAAAGGGAAGGCGUAUACUUGGUGAGGGUGUGACUGGUAUUGUUUUCAGAAAAACCCUGCGUCUACGUCUCAGUCCACUGUUAUCAGUUAAACGCAUCAACAAAUUCUAG